GAAACACACUGAGCUGUAAAAUCUCUGAUUUCAUCAUGAAUAUUUCUCCUCCGCCUGGCUCCCCCUGUCGGUCAGAAGAGGAACUGCAGUGGAGCUGAUGGUGAAAACGAAAUGGAUGAGCUCAGCUGGAUGAGCUCUCUCCACCGGAAGCGACGCGGAAGUCUGACAUCAUUUCUCCCGGGAAGCUGGAAAGAUCAGAGACGCCGGAGUUUACCGACCAGCUGGAAAGAGCCGAAACCGAGAGGAGCCGAGCGGAACAACCUGGCUGCCAUCAUCAAGCAGCUGGGAGGACUCAGCCGCCAUGCAGAGGACAUCUUUGGGGAACUCUUCCUGGAGGCCAGCAGCUUCUACCUGAGGAUGAGCAGGCUGCAGGAGAGGGUGGAGACGCUGGGGUUAAAGGUUACGCAGCUGGACUCCACCAUGGAGGAAGGUGGGAAGUCCGGGGAACGGCCGGGGACGCACACCUGAACACAUCAUCACCUCUGUCAUCAGUGUCCAGUGUCCCUGAAGGACAUCAACCUGAGGAAAGCUUUCAGGAGCAGUACCAGCCAAGACCAGCAGGUGGUGUCGCGCUGCUCCAUCCUCACACCGCUGCUGGAGACCUACCUUCGCUGACCCUAAAGAGGGCGACACCGCCCCGCUGAUCCGGGACGGUGAGAAGAAGAAAGCAGCAGGACUACUUGGGACUACUUGGAUCGAUUCUGAAGGAGGCUCGGCAUCGGUUUGCGGUGCUUUGCGCAUGCGCUUGGACUUAUCACGAGGUUUCCUGCAGGCUGACGGUCAG